AGAAGAGAAAAGGCGAGAGGGAAACCUUCGUUGAAGUGAGCAUGGAUCGCUUUUUUCCCCUUUACGAAGCGGAUUAUUUUUCCUCUGAAAAAGUUUUUUUUUUUUUUUUUUUAUCGAAUGGAUUCUCCGUGGAGACGAUGGACGGAGAUGGCUUAAUUUCUAGGGCUUAUUUGGGAACGGUGGAGUUUACGGUCGCUACCUCCUAAUCUCUGUCUCGUUCGCUCGCUCCGAUUUUGAUCGUUGUUGGUGGUUUGGCGGAUUCAAAGAGGUCCGUUUAGGUUUUUUUUCUCUCUCUUCCUCGGUUGGUCUCUGGGUAUUCUUGACGAGCCUGGAAGAUUCGGUCGUAGAGAUAGUGGGUUCUAAGGUUGGGUUUUAUUCGAAGGAGUCUUUGUUUGGAUUUUGUGAGGCGGCAAAGUUUGAAGGUCAAGAUUUAGAAGCAUGGAAUCACGAGCUAAGGAUACAAAUGCAGUUGAAGCCAAUGGGCAAAGUGCUCUUCCAUCCACAAUUAAUCCUCAGCCAUGGUGGCGGGGUCCUGGAUUUGGUGUCAUCUUGCCCGCUGUACUAUCAGAUAGUGCCCCUAAGUCAACCUCAGUCAACCUCCCUCUGGGAGGUGCUGGGAACAAAGGUGGCCAAGCACAAUCACAUGAUGGGGCAGAUGGCAUGGGUGAUGUUAGUAAAGAGCGGCAGAAUGUUGGCACACAGAGAGAUGGAAGCUUUGGACAGGAACCCCAGCAUCUGCAGCCUGUAUCACCUGCCAUACCUCCUAUGAUGCCUGAAUACCUUGCACCACAUACCCAGCUGGAACUUGGUCAAUCAGUUGCUUGUGCAGCAUAUUCAUAUUCUGAUCCAUAUUUCGCUGGCAUCAUGGCUCCUUAUGGAACUCAAGCACUGGUGCAUCCCCAGAUGCUUGGAAUGCCUCAUACUCGCAUGCCUUUGCCUCUUGAAAUGACAGAGGAGCCUGUUUAUGUAAAUGCCAAGCAAUAUCAUGGAAUUUUGAGGCGAAGGCAAUCACGUGCCAAGGCUGAACUUGAGAAGAGAGUUAUAAAAGUUAGAAAGCCAUAUCUUCAUGAAUCUCGUCACCAGCAUGCAUUGAGGAGGGCAAGGGGUUGUGGUGGUCGUUUUCUCAAUACAAAGAAAGCUGAUGGUAAUGCUGCUACUGCUAACCCUGAGAAUGGGGCAAAUACAUGUGCAUCACUUCCAAGGCAGUCAGCUAGCUCAUCUGGUUCUGAAGCUCUACCCUCCGACUGUUCAGGAAAUCCAGAUUCAGGAAGCAACAUGAAUGAAAUCAAAAGGCCAGUGGUGCAAGGCUUAUGCGAAGCACGGGCAUUCACCAACGAUAAUGGUGGCCACCAACAGCAGUCUGGCUUCCAAUUGUCAUCUUUUCACUCCAAAUCAGGUGGGAGGGUGGAAGAAGGGGACUGCUCGGGACAGCAGCAUGGUGGCAUCCUUGUGAAUCAGCCUCCAAACAGGGCUGUCACCAUCCAGUGAUCAUCCCUUGUCAGCAUGGCCAGUGUUUCCAGCAUUGCUCAGCCAGUUCUGUAAUAGGUGAACGCUAGAGAGCAAGCUGGAGGCAUGGGGGCCAAUUCAAGUGGAAUGUCAUUGGUAGGUCUGAUGUCUAAGGCAAUUCAUUCUUGGCUUUACCUUUUUGUUUGUUUUUCUUUCUUUAUUUUCUUGUCUUGUGGUGUGGGAGAGAGCAUGCAAAGAGGGAACAACUGUGUAGGUCGGUCUAGUAUAACACAAGGUCUUAUUCUACUGUUUGUUUAGUGUCUUCUUGGAUUUGUUAAAUCCUUUUCCGAUGAAAAAGCGAUGGCAGUUUGGAUGCAGUUUAAUCUACUAAUUGUUACAGACAAAA